AUGGUCCGCUCUCACGAGAUUGUGGCCGAGUUUCUCGGAACAUUCAUCCUCGCGUUCACGAUAGGCUGCAACGUACUCAGUGGAAAUGGUGCCUGGGGUGGAGUUUCAAUCGGUAGCGCACUGAUGGUGUGCAUCUACGGCCUGGCACCUGUUUCUGGUGCCAAUUUCAAUCCUGCAGUCUCAGUGGCUCUGGGUCUUGUAUCGACCAUGGGCCUCUUCGACUUCGACUUCGGAUGGAGAAAGGUGUUCAUUUACUCAAUGACGCAGUGUCUCGCUGCGGUCAUGGCUGCCUUCGUCUACACUGCGCUCUUCUUCAACUUGGACUCUGUCAGUCUGCAGCCUGGCGUGAGCUUCGGCUGGAUCAACGCUGGACUCGCCGAGUUCUUCUACACCUUCAUGCUGUGCUUCGUCGUGCUGAACGUUGCCGUGAGCACAUCGGCCAGGAGGGGUCUCAACCAGUUCUUCGGCCUGGCUAUCGGCUUCGUCAUAGUCGCUGGCGCCUACGGGGGUGGCGUGGUGUCCGGGGGCUGCUUCAACCCCGCCGUCGCCCUGGGCAUCCACGUGUCGAGCGGCGUGAGCAACCCCUUCGGCCUCCUCUUCUACGCCUUCUGCCAGCUGCUGGGCGCGGCGGCGGCCGCCGGGCUUUUCCGAGUGGUGCGCCCCCGGGACUUCCGGAGCGGCGCCGCCGCCGGGGGCUCCCAGAGGACCCCCAAGCUGGUCGCGGAGUUCCUGGGCACCUUCAUGCUCGUGCUGACGGUCGGCCUGAACGUGUUCGGGCGGUCGGCGGCGGGGGCCUUCUCCAUCGCGGCGGCCCUGGUGUCCAUGAUCUACGCCCUCGGCGACGUCUCGGGCGCGCACUUCAACCCCGCGGUCACGGUGGCCGCCAUGGGGAUCGGGCGGCACGAGCCGGGGGAGGUGGCCCCUUACGUCGCUGCCCAGGCCUUGGGGGGCUUCUCUGGGGCGUCUGCGUGCAGCCUGAUCUACGGCGGCGCCAGCUUCCCGUUGGCGAUCGACCCGGCGUGGGCCAAGGUCGCCCUCGCGGAGACGUUCUUCACCUUUGUGCUCUGCUUCGUGGUCCUCUCCGUGGCGUGCUCGAAGCAGGCGGAGGACAGGAAGGACGUCGCGGACUGCUUCGGCCUCGCCAUCGGCUCUUGCGUCACCGUCGGCGGUUUCGCGAUCGGGGGCAUAUCUGGAGUUGCCACCGAAGGUGGCUCGCUGAAUCCGGCCGUCUCCGUCGGCGUGUCCACGGCCGCCGCGCUCGGCGGCCGCGGCGUCGGCGGCCCGCUGGCCCAGGCGGCGGCCUACACGGUCUUCGAGCUGACCGGGGGGCUGCUGGCGGCCGGGAGCUUCGAGGUCCUGCACUCCGUGCUGAGGGACGGCCUCGCGAAGGGCCCUCAGAGCAUCUGCGCCGUCCUCGCGGCCGGGGGCAAGCCGUGCGAGCCCAGCCAUGGCAUCCCGAUCGCUGGCGCGCACGCGCGCACGUCCCUGCCAUCCCGGGCGAAGAUGCCCGCGGGCGGCGACCGCACCGCGGCGGUCCUGGCGCACGCCGCCGGCCCGGCGCGGCGCGGCGCCCCGAACGGGAGCUUCGACUACGCAAACCUCGGCGGCUGGGGCGAGAGCCAGCUGAGCGGUGCGGACAACGUGACAGAGCAGUUGACAUCGCAGCUGAGACCGGCUGCUGCCAGCGCCGUGGCGGCGUCCGACGAGUACGCUGGCAUGCUGAGGGCGUUGGGCGUUGGCUUCGACACCCUCAAAGGCGCAUCGCACGACCUCAAGGCAGCCAUCAGGAACUCCCAGCACCUCAAAUUGCAGGAGGCGCAAGAUGCACUGCAAGCCGAGGUCGAUGACGGCCCAGGGAACGACACUACUCCUGAAGUCACUUCGCCUCCGAAGGAGCCCCGCGCUGCGGGCGCCGCGCCGCCCGCCGCGCCCGCCGCCCCGCGCGGGCCGGCGGGCGCGGCCGCGGCCGAGCACGGGCGCGCCUCGGAGUGCGAUUGGGACGCGUGCGUCACCUUCACCAAGGAGACAGCUGGCGGUCGCCAGGCCUUCUGGAACAAGUGUGCAAGAUGGUGCUGUGACGAGAAGGACAAUCGCCACUCAUCAAAUGUCCUGGUUACAGAAGAGUGCAAGACGCACAGGUGA